CACUGUUCUUGUAUGGGCAUAGAGCUAAAACACAGCCAUCAAUUUUACGUUUUGAUGCUGUGCUACUCACCGUUCAGUGCCUUCUCCGAUAUGUUUCGAGGUUAGAUUUGCAGCCCCCAUUUUCUCUUUUUUUUUUUCUCUUGUUUUCCCGAGAAGCAAACAGAAAAUUAUAUACAUACAUAUUCUUUGUUAUUGCCAUAAAUCCAGUUGCAAAUUCAUUUGAUGAACAUCAAAAUGAUAGCUCUUCGUAGAAAUUGCUUGAUUAAUCUUUUUCACAGGUGCCCAUUUCACUAUUUCCCCUUUUACUCUGUUUUUUCUUGUAAUUUAGGUACCUUCAAAAACCCUCAACACAGCCCGUUUACCUUUACUCAAAUCAACCCAUCAUCCAUUACAUCUCCCACUUCAAUUUCACAUCAAUUUUACACUUAUUUUUACUCAACUAAAGCCCCAUCAAGAUCAUAUAGAAGGAGGGUCAAUAAGAGAUUAAAAGCUAGUCAAAAGCCUGUUCUUGACCAAGCUAAAUUUCAACAAGUCAUUUCACAACUCCCACCUAGGUUCACUGCUGAUGAGCUUUACAAUGUAAUAACACUAGAGGAUGAUCCUUUAGUGUGUUGGGAAUUAUUCAAUUGGGCUGCUCAACAACCUAGGUUUAAGCACAAUGUUUCCACUUAUCAUAUUACCAUAAAGAAGCUCGGUGUUGCGAAAAUGUAUGAAGAAAUGGAUGUUGUUGUUAACCAAGUGCUCGCACUUCGUUCGUUCGGUUCUGAGCCACUUUAUAAUACCAUGAUUUACUUUUUUGCUGAAGCCAGGAUGUUAACUAGAGCUGUGAAUAUAUUUAAGCAUAUGAGGAACAAUCGGAAAUUCGAUUGUAGGCCGUCUAUUAGGACGUAUAACAUUCUUUUCACCGCGAUGUUGAGCAGGGGAAAGGAUUCUUAUAUAAACCAUAUGUAUAUGGAGACUAUUAGGUGUUUGUUCAGGCAAAUGGUUGAUGACGGGAUCGAACCUGAUGUUUUCACGUUGAAUUCUAUGAUAAAAGGAUACGUGCUUUCACUUCAUGUCAAUGAUGCUCUUCGUGUGUUUCACCAGAUGGGUGUGGUUUACAAGUGCUUGCCUAAUGCUUUUUCCUAUGAUUAUUUGAUUUACGGGUUAUGUGCGCAAGGUAGAACGAAUAAUGCUAGGGAGUUGUGUGAUGAAAUGAAGAGAAACGGGUUUACUCCUAGUGGUAAAUCGUAUAACUCCCUUGUGAAUGCUUUGGCAAUUGCUGGAGAGGUUGAAGAAGCGGUGCAUUAUUUGAGAGAGAUGAUUGAAAUGCGGAAGUCUGCUGAUUUGAUAACAUAUAGAACGAUUUUGGAUGAGAUUUGCAGAAGAGGAAGGGUCGAGGAAGCCAUGGGAUUGUUAAGAGAGUUGCAAAGUAAAGAUCUUGUCGAUGGACAUACUUAUCGGAAACUUCUUUAUGCAAUGGAGGAUAGCUAUGGGGAUUGAAAUGAAAGAAGCCGGAUCAGUCUUUUCAUCUAUUUGAAGGGUCCUUGGAGGCUGAUGGGGAAUAUACGGUUGAGUCUGGAUAUCGGGUGCUGAAAUAAGGAGAACAAAAGGGGAGGUUUGUUCUACUUCCCAUGUCAUCGAUAAAAAAGUUUGGAAGUGGAUAUGUAUUGGUGCCUGCUAAGAUCAAGGUGUUUUUUUAUGGAGAGUUCAUACUGAUAAUAUAGCAAGAAUUCGGAAUAUGUGGAGAAGGAAGCUAGUACAACGGCCAUUAUGCCGUUAUGCAUUGGUGCCUGCUAAGAUCAAGGUGUUUUUUAUGGUGAGUUCAUACUAAUAAUAUAGCAAGAAUUCAGAAUAUGUGGAGAAGGAAGCUAGUACAAUGACCGUUAUGCUGUUAUGCAGGCAGCACGUCGCUGAACUUUUGCGGGAAGCUAAAGGAGCGAACGAGAGGCUAGACAGUAAAGAGGUAGAGAAGGCUAAAUGGGAAAGGCCAAAGGCUACUUGGACAAAAGUUAACUGCGAUGGAGCUUAUGGUGGGACAGGGACGAAUAGGAGUUGUAAUUUGGAAUGAGAAUGUUGAAAUGGUUGUGCGACAUGGGACUGUAAGAAACAUAAAACUCAGCAGUCCAGGCUGAAGCUGCAGCUCCAAGAGAGGGUUAAGACUAGCUGAAAAGGAAAAAUUGAGGUUAGAUGUAUAACGUGUGAAGCUAUUGAGUUUUGAAUUGUGAAGAGACAAGCAAAUAAAGCGGCACACCAGGUGAGGAAGAGGAUGUGCUUGACGAAUUGGGUUGAAGCAUCCUGUCUUCGUUUUUGGUACCUAGGUGAUUGAGGUCUGAUAGCAAUGGAUCCUCUUUGCCAUGCUAGGUGGAAUAUUCUUUUGACCGGAAAAAAGGGGUCAUAUUUUUGUACUCAUAUCCCCGAUAUGCAUCAGGCACUACUAUCAGACACAGGUGUUUCAAGUAAAAUGAAGAGUCGGUGCAACAUAGGCCGUAGUUAUUUAAUUGAUAACAUUUGUUGGCUGAAAAAUACUGCAACUUGUAUCUUUUGAUUUCUACUCCCUUUAAAUUUUCUUGUAGCUGUAGGUCAGUGUAUUUUCUUCUCAUUGGUACAUCAUCAUGGUAGAAUAUACCAGUGCAUUUACGAGAUAGGUUCCAUGGACCAGAGCUAUGUUACUCAGACAUGACUUGAAUGUUAGUGUUGGAUAUGAAUAUGUAUUUUACA